CGGAUAAGGGCGGAGCUAAGCAAAUGACAGCAUAAAACUUUGUUAGCUUCUCGCUAACUUUAUUCUAGCUUCUGUUUAGCUAUGUUAUCAGCUUGAAAACGGCACCCCAGGAUGCUCGAAAAGUUAGAGUGUCAUGGAAAGGAUGAUGGAGACCUGUGCAAAAUGGCCAGUUCAGUGGUAACGAUGAGCAGAACUGAUUUCCGUGCACGGCUGCCACAGUUUUUGGAGGAGAGGAUGCAGACCAGCAUGCUCACAGGUGUAUUGAUUGGAGCUAUGGUUGCAGUUGUGCUGAUUGGGAUUGUGGUGCUCUUCCUUUACAGGAGAUUCAAACAUGCCCGUAAUCAACAACCGGGUGUACCUCACUAUCGAUUCAGGAAACGAGAUAAAGUGCUUUUCUAUGGAAGGAAGAUAAUGCGAAAGGUUAAGACACUCUCCUCACUUCCUUCUCCAUCCCAUCCCUCGCCAUCAAAGCAACCACAGCGCAUACGAAAAAGAACCAAAGUUCUGAACAUAGCUCGCAAAAUUCUGAGGAUCCGGAGAGACCCUCCCACCCUGCAGCCCAAGGAACCCCCUCCCUCCCUGCUGGAAGCUGAUCUAACAGAGUUUGAAGUGCAGAGCUCGAAUCUGCCUUCUGAGGUCCUGUAUAUGCUGAAAAAUGUCAGGGUCUUGGGCCAUUUUGAGAAGCCUCUGUUUCUGGAGCUGUGUCGACAUAUGGUGUUUAUUGAGCUACAGGAGGGUGAAAGCCUGUUCAAACCAGGAGAUGAUGAUGACAGCAUCUACGUGGUCCAGGAUGGAAGACUUGAGUUGUGCAUACAAGAGAAUGAUGGCACAGAAUCAGUGGUGAAGGAUGUCCUCCCCGGAGACAGCGUCCACAGCCUGCUCAGUAUUCUGGACACCAUCACUGUGAGCUCCUGUGAGAGUCAAGCAGUGCCCUUGACCAAUAUAAACAAUGUGAUGGCAGAAGCAAAUACUGGAAAGAUGACUCGACGUCUCCACUUCCAGGACGAAUCACCUGCCGGAACCACUGAAAACACUGCAGAGACAGAUGGUGUAAAGGACAGCCAUUCAACCAGGAAGCUGCGAUCUACCUCUAUGCCCACUGAAUGCACAGGUAAUGACCUGAGCAUGGCCUGCGAACGAGCUCGAGUUACCAUUGAGGAGGCUCCAUCAAGUCCUAUCACUCACAAAUCUAGUCUGAAGAAGAGUGUGACAAUGCAACACACACCAUCUGAAGUAUUUCACUAUACAGACAGCGGAGGGCACGCUGAUGCUACCUAUCUUGGUAAAAGCAGUGCAAUCCUCCAAGCUGCUAAGAAAGACCUGCUGGGAAUCAUCCAGCUGCAGGACCCUAGUCUGCUUGAAGGCAGAGUAACCGUCCACCAUGUCAAAGCCGGCUCUGUGGUAGCUCGUCAGGGAGAUCAGGAGGUGAGCAUCCACUUCGUGAUUUCUGGCCUCCUCCAUGUUUACCAGCGGAUGAUUGACCGUGAAGAAGAAUUGCGCCUGUUUGUAACGCAUCCCGGAGAGCUUGUUGGUCACCUUGCUGUUCUGACCGGAGAGCCCCUCAUAUUUACAGUUCGAGCUCAGCGAGAUUGCAGCUUCCUCUCUAUUUCCAAAACACAUUUUUAUAAGAUAAUGCGAGUGGAGCCCAAAGUGGUGCUUAAUGUUGCUCAUGCUGUGGUGAAGAGGAUGUCAUCUUUUGUCAGGCAAAUAGACUUUGCUCUUGACUGGAUGGCUGUUGAAGCUGGCAGGGCUGUUUACAGGCAGGGAGAGAAAUCAGACAGCACUUUCAUAGUGCUGAGUGGUCGACUGCGCUCAGUAAUCAUGAAGGAGGAUGGCAAGAAAGAGUUGAUAGGGGAGUACGGACGUGGUGACCUGAUUGGAGUGGUGGAGGCCUUGACCCGUCAGAACAGAGCGACCACAGUACACGCUGUACGAGACUCUGAGCUGGCCAAGCUACCAGAAGGUGCACUUUGCUCUAUCAAGAGGAAAUUCCCUCAGGUUGUCACCAGGCUGAUCCACUUACUCGGACAGAAGAUACUGCAGCAGGUCAAUGGUCCUCUGACAGCUCGCAGUUUGGCCCUGCACACACCAGGAAGUAAGUGGGAUGCAGGAAACCAAGCCUCCAACCUCUCCACUGUGGCAGUCCUGCCAGUAUCAGAAGAGGUGCCUCUUACUGCCUUUACUCUAGAGCUGCAGCAUGCACUCCUUGCAAUAGGUCCCACUCUUCUACUGACAAGUGGUAUUAUCAAACAGCGUCUUGGAGCUGCUGCACUUGACAGUGUUCAUGAGUACCGUCUGUCCAGCUGGCUGGGCCAACAAGAAGACAUCCAUCGCAUAGUUCUUUACCAGACUGACUACACACUGACCCCGUGGACACAGAGGUGCAUCCGUCAGGCUGACUGCAUCAUUAUUGUGGGACUAGGAGAGCAGGACCCUACUGUAGGGGAGUUGGAGCGUAUGUUGGAAGGAAGUGCAGUGCGUGCGCAGAAGCAGCUUGUUCUGUUGCACAGAGAAGAUGGUCCUGCACCCAAAGGAACCGUAGACUGGCUCAACAUGCGAAGCUGGAUUUCCAGACACCUCCACCUUGCCUGUCCCCGAAGGGUCUUCUCCAAACGAAGCCAGCCCAAACUGUUGGAGCUGUAUCAGCGUGUGUUUGAGAAACCAGCAGAUCGCCAUUCUGACUUUUCCCGCCUGGCUCGUGUUCUUACAGGCAAUGCUAUUGCUCUUGUCCUGGGAGGAGGAGGGGCCAGGGGUUGUUCUCAAGUGGGUAUAAUGCGUGCACUAUGCGAAGCUGGCAUCCCCGUAGACCUAAUUGGCGGAACAUCAAUUGGUUCCCUGAUGGGCGCUCUAUAUGCAGAGGACCGUAGCCACAGUCGCUUGAGGAUAAGAGCUAGAGAAUGGGCUAUGGAAAUGACUUCAGUAUUUAGGAAGGUCUUGGAUUUGACAUAUCCAAUCACAUCCAUGUUUUCUGGUGCUUCCUUCAACUCUGGCAUAAACAACGUCUUCAAAAGCAAACAGAUUGAGGACCUUUGGAUCCCAUAUUUCAAUAUCACAACUGACAUCACUGCCUCUGCCAUGAGAGUACACACUGAUGGUUCUCUAUGGCGGUAUGUCCGUGCUAGCAUGUCUCUAUCGGGAUAUCUCCCUCCUCUGUGUGACCCGAAAGAUGGACACCUGCUGAUGGAUGGAGGCUAUAUUAACAACCUGCCUGCUGAUGUUGCGCGCUCCAUGGGGGCCAAAGUGGUAAUAGCUAUUGAUGUGGGCAGCCGGGAUGAAACCAAUCUCACUAAUUAUGGCGACUCACUCUCGGGCUGGUGGCUGCUAUGGAAACGCCUUAACCCCCUAGCUGAGAAAGUUAAGGUGCUAAACAUGGCAGAGAUUCAGACUCGGCUGGCCUAUGUGUGCUGUGUGAGACAGUUGGAGUCUGUGAAGAGCAGCGAUUACUGCGAGUAUAUCAGACCUCCAAUCGACAGAUACCGUACACUAGAGUUUGGCAAGUUUGAUGAAAUUGCUGAGGUGGGGUACCAGCAUGGCAAGACUGUGUUUGAUGUGUGGCGUCGCAGUGGUGUGGUGGAAAAAAUGCUGAAAGACAGACAUCAAGAAGAGUUCCACAACACGCAAAGCAGAAGCAAUGUAAGGAUGUUGGCAGUGAACAACACAUGGACAUACACUAGAACAUGUGUGCUUCCUGUCCCCCACUCUUUCCUUGCAUCAGAAGAAUCUGACUACCACACUGACUAUGAAGAGGAUGCACUGGAGAGUGCUCUCUCUGACAUGGAGACGUAUAAUCGCUAUGGAGAGCACACUGAAGGGGAGGAGACGGCUGACACGGAUGGCACAGAAUCAGUGGUGAAGGAUGUCCUCCCCGGAGACAGCGUCCACAGCCUGCUCAGUAUUCUGGACACCAUCACUGGUUAUCCAGCUCCAUAUAAAACUGUGUCGGCACGAGCUGCAACUCGAUCCACCAUCUUACGCUUACCUGCUUCAGCCUUCGAGUCAGUGUUUAAGAAAUACCCUGAGACACUUGUACGCGUCAUUCAGAUAAUUAUGGUGCGCCUCCAAAGAGUCACCUUUUUGGCUUUGCAUAACCAUCUGGGCCUAACAACUGAGCUUUUCAAUCCAGCAUAG